AGUUGAAAAUAUAUGCAGUGUGGAAAGCAGGAGACCGCCAUCUCCAGUGCUUGUCAAUUCUUCUGAAGAGAAAUACCCCCUUCUGGAAAAUCCUGAAUCCGCUCCUGAUUAUCACUUAUACAACAACGUACCUCUUACUUGGACCGCCCAUCAUUUUUUGUCAUAAGAGCGCAUGCAUUAUUACGUCACUCAUCUAAAGCGUGCAAACGUUCAUCAUCUAUCAUCUAAGUGCAAACCGCUUGCAUUGUUACGUCACUCGACUAAUGCGCGCAUACGUCAGUAACUGUUGUAUUAUCUACUCCACGUUGCUACCAACUAAUCACAAUUUUUUCAAGCGUUUCAUCGAUCAGAACAAACGUUGAAUUCAGCAUGUAAUUCGCAAGAAAAUCAAGUGAAUAAAGCUGAUUUACCGAAAGAUCGACUAUGGAACUUGGAAAAUUCUUCGUGCUGGUUUUGGCCUGCAUUUUGCUCGUUUCGGGCAAUGCAGAUGCCAAAUUCAAACGCGGAGAAAUCUCUACGGAACAGGAUAUGGCCUUCCUUGGGCAAUUUUAUUUCCAAAACAGGGAAGACAACAUCCUAAACUUCACUAUCACAUACCCCGCUGACCAAUGCUGCUAUCGACUCGUCAUCUUUGAUGAAAGCUAUGGACAGUGGGGAAGUAUACGACCGAACGAAGAUAGACUGACCUGUCGGGGUAAAAUCGAUAAGGUGAAGGAUCUUGAAUAUAAAAUUAAAUUGACUGGCCUUGAUCCUACUUGUCAGUUGAUCACUGAUGACAUUGGUUUCAAAUGGCUUGUUUGUCAAGAUACCAUCACCUUCGAAUCCCGACAGCGACCACAGCACUACUUCGUUCAGUUGGCAAAUUGUAGGAGUAAUCGAAAGGGGUUAAGGAACGUCUCGUACACCUUACAUAUGACCAAUGGGAAAGAUGGACUCUGGACGGAAUUUGCAGAGAACCAGAAGUUCAUGAUGGAGACUGACUUGGCCUUCUUUCUUGGAUACGUGGCGAUGACUAUCGUGGCUACUCGAUUCAGAUACGUCUUGUCGCUGAGGAAACUACUGCACCUAACCUAUCGGUUAUUCUACAGCAGUCUGUUCUUCAAGACAGUGUGUCUUCUACUCCUAAACAUCGAUUUAUCGAGGUUUGCCCGGACCGGACUUGAAAUGACUAAGAUGCAAGACGCUGCUGAGGUUUUCUCGUGGCUGUCUACGGUUUUCUUUGUGUGUGUUCUGCUGCUUGUGUCAAAGGGGUUCUCUAUCACCAGAGCUCAGAUAAGCCUACCUGGAACAGUGAAGACGGUAUGUUUUUGUUUCAUCUACUUGACAUUCUACACAAUCGUCUUCUUUGACCAACGUGUGCUCCUGGACCCCCAAGACACCAUUACUAGUAUGACGUCACUAUCAGCAAGCGGUUUGAUUGGCUUAAAGUUUACAGGCGCUAUCAUAUUCGUAUACGGCUGUAUGGUAACAAUCAAGAACCACCCAAGAAAGGUGCCCUUCUAUUUACCAUUCGCUAUCUUCUUUAGUGUUUGGUUUGUAGCUGAGCCUACCUAUCGACUUUUAUCCUUGUACGUCUACCCAGUUCUGAAAAGUCCGAAUAUCUGGAAUGGGAUUGACCUGGCUUUGUCUUUUGCUGGACAUGCAUAUUUCCUGUAUUUAACGCGACCGGACCGUCUAAAUAAAUUGUUCCCUUUCCAUCUGCGAGCAGGCAAGGUUUCUUUCCGUGAUAUCGAUGAGAACGUAGAAGAUCUCUAUGCUCCUUCGAAGGACUUUUAUUUCGUUUUCCAAACUGGAAAGAAAUCGAAUACCAGAACUGGACCGGCAUUGACUAUUCCCGAAGAACCCCAGCACUUCGAAACACCUGUGGUGGCUUUCAACGCACCUUCUGAAGAGUGCCUGGCUGUUCUUCCUCGACCAUCCUUACCUGACAUACCAACCGUGUCUGCUACUGUCGACCUAUCGUACCGAACACCUUCACCGGUUAUACCAACGGUAUCUGGUACUGUCCAGAAACAGACACCUGCAACGUCCUCGGUAUUUGUUUCCAUGCCUUCCGUAAUGGCUAGGCAGUCAUUUAAGAUCACUCCUGCUGGCUCACCAACCUGUAAGGUACGCAUGGAACAAAUUCAUGAGGAAGACAGGACGGCAGUUGAGAUAUCCACGGCUUCUGUUCCUAAUGGAGGGUUCUUUGUAUUUUGCGUCCAGAAACAACCGGACACUGGAACUUCUCUUGUAUAUGAUUCCAUCUCAAAGGAACACAAGGAUACAUUACAAUCUGACGAAAAGCUUGUUGCUCCAAAAGGAGGAUAUUCUAUCUUCUCUGUGAACAAGCGACCGGACACACCGUCUUCUUCCAAGAACACUGGCAUGGAUGUAACGGAUCAAACACAGACCAAUUCUGUGAACAAGAAGCAAUCCAGUGGUAAGAAUGCUUGCAACUUCCUGCCAAGGAUCACACCAUCCAUCGAAUCCACUUUGUCAUCUUCUUCUUACACCAUCAAAGGAUCCGACUCUGAUGCCAAACUGGCCAACUUUCCUCUGGAGAACCUGCCAGCGACUUGCAAACCCUAUCAACAUCAAGAGCCUCUGAAGACCAAGGCCCGUUAUGAAUCUGUAUAUGAUGCGGGAUCUGAUGAUAAGGUGAAUGAGACCUUGGCUGGUGAGAAUCCGAAACAGAUGGCCAUCAGAUCAGUGGAUGACUCUGUCUUUCAACCUAAAGACACAGAUGAAACCGAAUGUUAUAGCCAGGUCAACGGCGGCACCAAAGUGAGGCUAAUUAGCGUGCGACCAGCUCAACAUGCCAACUCGCCGUUAAUGACCAAUGGAGAAUCCGAUUCUGAUUCUGAGGUACCUGAGAUCCAAAGCCAGAAUAACAGCGGCACUCCAAAUGUGAGGUUAAUUCAAGUAAAACCGGCCAACGACCCAUACGUGAAGAUCGCUACUACCAGGCAAUCUAGACCUGCCGAUCAAGCUUUGGAGAAGAAGAGUUCAACUAAGGAAUGCAACAACACCGUCAGCAGUGCACGCUUCAUCACCGUAAAAUCAGUGCACGAGCCUCUGCCAACCUUGGCUAAUCGUGUAUCUGCUGCUCUAGUCCAGAAAGCCCUUGAUGCUACGAAUGAGACCGUCCCAGAAAUAAAAUCAGUUUCUGACGAUAUUACAAUCUCCCAGCCAGAGUCUUCUUCCUUGGCAACGAAUGACGUGCUCCAGAUCAAGAAUCUCGGACCUGUUGUAGAUUCUCAAACGAGCCCCUGGAGCAAUCAAAGAGCCAAGUCACCAACAACGGACAAGGAAAAGUUUCUGAUGAAAAUUUCCUCAAUCUAGACAAUGGACAUCCAACCUGUCCAAGUGAAACAGAUAUUGCUUCAACAUCUGGGGAUCACGCUCUUGUUCCUGUGGCCAAUGGAGGGGACUUUUCGAAGCCUUCUAAAAAGACCCGGAAGGAGCCUUCACAAAGACGAUUCCCCAAAUCAACCAACCCGGGAAUGACAACGGAUACCUCUUCUCAUAACCAAAAAAUGGCUAUGGAUUCAAAGACAAAGAAGAAGAAGCUCAAGAAAUUCCUAAAGCUCGCACGCAAGCACAAGAACAAGCCUGCGAAAGCGGAUUAGGAACUAUCAGAUCGCUUCAACUAUACUGCAAUGAUUGAAAACAAACCGGAUACCUUUGGGCCAUAAACAAACCUUCAAUUCACCUAGAAUAUUAUCCCAUAAGAAAAAAAAAUGGGCAUGUCUUUGGAUCAUUUACCGAAACUGAAAAAAAAAGAAUUUUCAAUAAGUCUUAGUUACGAACUCUAAAAUACAAUUUAUUUUGUUUAGGAAAAAGGCUAAAUAUGCAACAGGUCAUAUAUAGAGAGCCACUAUUAACUGAAGCAAUCAGGGGGCUUUAAUUUCAUUAAAAACUGGCAGAGUUCUGAAUGAUGGUUACAAACAAAUUCAGGCUUAUUCAUUUAUUUCCAAAAGGAUAAUGGUAUGUUAUAUUCUAAUCAUAGACAACUUUAUUUCAGUUCUGAUUUUCAAAGAGAAUUUAUUUUGCAGUUUGAGGAGUCCAUUGCCAUACUCUUCAACCACUAAUGAUUAGUUACUUAAAAAGUCAUAUUGAAAUAAUUCAAUGACGAAUCUUGAAUAUACUUGAAAAUUGAAUUCAUUUAACUUACUGAAACAAAAAUAUUGUCAACAAAAAGUAUGCAUACUUCAUUGGAAAUAAAGCUAUAAAACAAUCUGCAGAUUCUGACAUGCCAUACAAUGAAUCAAGCUAUAUAUGAUAAUGGAAAUGCUUUGUUAAGUCUCAUUCUCAAUAAAGAAAUAU